CAUUUGCAGCACGCAGGUGACGACUCCGCGCGGCGGCGACGGAGACCGGACCGGGUGACAGUGCGCAGUGGUGACGGCGAUAGCGGCGGGAAUUACAACUAGCGACACCUAAGUGUCACAUGUCGAGUGCUCGAGGAAGGUGCCGAAGCAGCCGAGAAAAGAUACAACAUGACCAUGAAGCAGUGGCGUGAGUUGAGAUCGCGCUCGCAAAUGGAGACCUGUAACAAGAGCGAGAAUGGCUUGUCGCGAUCGACGUCGUCAUACAACAGCGCGAAGAACAUGUCGUCGGAGAACUUUGCGCGAAAAGUAAACGACGACGACGACGACGGCGACGACGACGGCGAUGGCGAUGGCGAUGGCGACGACGACGAUAACGACGACGACGAUAACGACGACGACGAUGACGGAGAAGACGAGGAAUGCGACGAGCCUGCCAAGGUAAAGGAGAAGACGAGGGACGAUUCACGGCUGCACGUGGUGUUGACGCCACGAACGCCCAAAGAAGAGCAGCAGCGCGAGCAGGAGCAGGAAGAGACGGAUCCGCCAGCAGAGGUGGCUGCGGUGCGCGCCAAGAACAGCUUGUCGAGUGUAAAGACCACGUCGAAGAAGCCGAGAAAGAUGAAGUCGAGAAAGAAGUCGCAGGUGGUGAGGAUGAGCGACGAGCAGCUGAGGGCCUCGCUGAUCUACUCGGCCAAGGCCAAGCGCAAGAAGCUGCACGGCCGUUUGAGGAACUCCAACUCGAAGAGCACGAUAGCCACCAGGGACACCGACUUUUCGGACAAGAAGCUCGAGCGCAAGAAACUCAAGCGACAGAAGAGUCUCGACAGUAUGUCAGCCUUGCAGCUGCCUCGGGCCCGCAAGCGCGCGAACGCGCUGAGGGCGCGGGAGUCGAAGCAGCUCGGCUCGAAAGCCGACUUGGUCGAGAUAUUCCAUGGCAAGGCCGCGAGAAGUGGUGCGCUCUCCGGUCGACUGUCCAAGGACGUCGCGCGAACGGUGGCGAAGCGCGGAAACGAAAGGUCCGACCGGCAGUCGAGAAGAGCAGCAGCGCCGACGCCGAGCCGCGCGCGCACUCGCGGUAAAGGCUUUGCCAGCCGGGCUCGAUUGUCAGGAUGUUGGCAGGGCUCUUCGGCGACUUGCAGGGAUCCGCCGGGGCGAGAAGCCGAGGAGAGCGGCGAGGCCGAGCGCUACCAGGUGCACGCGCAGCAAACCAAGGACUGCGAUCCGGAAGUGUACGACCCGUUCUGCCCUCGCAACUACGAGUUGCCCACAAUGGCGUCGCGGAUGAAGCGCGUCCACAAGCCCUAUUACCACCACUUCAAAAUCAAGAGCAUCCCAUUCGUGGUUGGCACGUCGCUCAGUCCCAGUCACAACCUCGGCCUCAACAUCCAGCAGGUGCUGAGCAUCAUCAAGGUGAAGCGACCGGCGGUGCCGGGCAUUAGCCCGCUACUCGUUCGCAAGGUGAGCCGCGGCGUGCGUCCGGUGUCCAGCCUCUUCGAGCACAUCAAUAGCCAAUACGCCAGGGCUUACCGCGAUCUCGGCCGUCGACGCAGCGGUAGCCACCAGCAGAUCGGCUCCUUCUCUUGUGAGCAACUGGUGCGCGCGAGCAGCUCGCUCGGUGGCCGUCAGCUAUCUUUCAAGCAGCCGAACGUCACGUGCGAGCCACUUUACGAGGUGGACGAGGACGUUCAAUCCUCGGGCUCGGAUUCGCACGCCCGGAAUGGACAGCAACAGGACGAUUGCAAUCGGGCGAGAAAACAGCAGCAGCAGCAGCAGCAGCAGCACUGCCAUCAUCAGCACUCAGUCGAGAGCGGCAGCAUCUUCGGCGCGCGGUCUUCCAACAACAAGGAGAUCACCGAGGUUUUCACCAAACUCUACGAUCAGUUCGACAAGAUGGUUUCGCAACACGAGCGGCUGAAAGAGCAGCUGGAGAAGCGUAGAGACAAGGCAUUGCUGAAGGAGGUGUCCGAGCUGGAAACGGCGAUGAGCUCUAAGGAGCGCGAGAUCAACGCGGUCAUUAAUCUCUACAACGAGGUGAUUUCGCUGAAGAAACAGAUGAAGCUACUGCACGAGCGCAACAGCUUCGUUUGCAUAGCGACGCCGGAUCCGUCGUUUCAAUCGACGCCCGUCAACGUUCGCGCGAGAACGGCUCCUGGACCCUAUCUCAACGCGAAGCCAAGUCGACGCGAGAUGCCGAAUGCGCUGAAGCUCGUUGGUCUUCUGCGACAGAUGCAAGCUUUCCAAAGACAACUUGCGCUCGCUUGAACGUCCUUUCUGCUCGCGUCGUUCGUGUGGUAAAUUGUUUGCAAAUGAAAAACAAUUCAUUUUACUUGUUC